AACGCGCGUCGCGGGGCGGCGGGAGCGCUGAGCGCCGGCGGGGCCGCUGCCACUGUCACGCUGCCACUGUCGCGACAUGAGCGAGAGACAAGGAACCGGGGCUACAAAUGGGAAAGACAAGACGUCUGGUGAGAAUGAUGGGCAAAAGAAGGUCCAAGAGGAGUUUGACAUAGACAUGGACGCGCCAGAGACAGAGCGGGCGGCCGUGGCGAUACAGUCGCAGUUCAGAAAAUUCCAGAAGAAAAAAGCUGGGUCCCAGUCCUAGUAGCUACCUCACAGCUCAAAACAAAGUAAUCCUGAGAUGAUUUAUCAAGAUCAGAAAUAACACAAAGAUGCAUGUACAGAAAUUAUCAAUAUUUAAAACCCCAUUGGCAGAUAACAACCCGUGAGCUUGUGUGCGACUUCAUCCCAGAUGUUUCACGCCCAUUAUCCUCUGUAACUCACCAUUUUACUUGAUGUUGUAAUAAAAAGUUAGGGUGAAGUAAUUAAAGUGUCUGCCUUCAUCUGUCUUUCCAUAUUAAUCCAGCAAGUGCAGCGUUACAAAUGAACCCAGCCCAGAUGCCUGUUUCCCUCUCCACCUACAGCUCAGAGUCAUAACAGCACCGUAUGUUGCAGGGAUUUUUGCUGAGGGAUGAGAUAGAUGCAUCUCAGCCCUGCUUCCCUCAUUUGGAGAAUUCCAGCUGCCAGCAAAAUGUGAAAAUAAAAUGACUUUCUUGUAAUGAGAUGAAAGUAAAAUAAAAAAAGAGGAAAGUUGCAGACAGAAGCUGGCAUGAGGGGUGUAGGAAGCAGGGAGUUUAUUUUUGUCUUGCAAGUGUGUCAAUAAAGUGGUUUGAGUGGGGAAAUUGUGCCUGUCCUUCCUCUUUGCAUGAUAACAUUCAGAGAUCUUGGACCACAUUGACUGUUAUGGAAAGAAAAUAAUAAACCAGACACAAAACACCUUUGGAA